GUCAGCUGACACGUGUCACAUGACUGACAUUUUUGGGUUGAGAUACAGGCAGAGCGUUUACAAGAAGUCGGAAAUAAAUAUAUAAAAACACGUUUACCAGCUUUACAAAAUGUUUUUUGUUUUUCCAUAUCGAAAUCGCCUUGAUCAGCAGGUGUUCACAUUAUGAAUUAGCUGUUUCCAUCAGCGCACACAAGUAGUCGUCUCAGGUUGUCAUCGAGCUAAAGACUGAACGCAAACAUGAGUCCAGAAGGAAAGACCCUGCUCAACAUCAUAAUCCUGGGUUUGGGAUUCAUGGUGAUGUUCACUGCCUUUGGCACCUGCGGGAAUAUAGAACAAACCGUAAUAAAGAGUUUCAACAGUACAGAGUUUCAUGGAAGUGGCUACACGAGCAUGGCGAUUAUCUACGCCGUAUUCUCUGCGUCGAACCUUAUAGCGCCCUCAGUGAUAGCUGUCAUUGGAUCUCAGUUGUCUUUGUUUUUUAGUGGACUGGUUUACAGUGGUUAUAUUGCUGUUUUCAUUCAUCCGUACACCUCGUCGUUCUACACUUUAUCUGUGUUGCUUGGAAUCGCCGCUGCAGUGCUCUGGACAGCCCAGGGGAAUCUGCUCACCAUCAACUCCAAAGAUGCCACCAUUGGGAGAAACAGUGGAAUAUUUUGGGCAUUGAUGCAGUUUAGCUUAUUCUUUGGUAAUCUCUACAUAUUUCUUGCCUGGCGUGGCAAGAGUCACAUAACAGAUAAAGACCGUCAGACAGUUUUCAUCACACUCACGGUCAUCAGCCUGGUAGGCAACUUCCUUUUUUUCUUGAUCCAGCGAGCAGACCCAGAACCUGCACCUUCUGAUGCUACUGAGUCACCUCUACCAGCAGACAUAUCUGAUAGUAGCUCUGUGGUUCCAUCCCAGAGUCUGUGCUCUCAAGCAUUUGAUGCAUUCAAGAAAUCCAUACAGCUAGCUAUGACCAAAGAGAUGCUUUUACUGAGCAUACCCUUUGCGUAUUCUGGUCUGGAGCUCACCUUUUACAGUGGGGUGUAUGGGACAUGUUUAGGGGCCAUGAAUCAAUUAGGAGACGAUGCCAAGGGUCUUAUCGGCCUCUCUGGAAUUUUGAUAGGUGUAGGUGAAAUACUUGGAGGAGGACUAUUUGGAAUCCUGGAUAACUGUAAUCGUUUCGGCCGAAACCCGGUGGUGUUUUUGGGCCUGUUCAUCCAUAUUGUGGCAUUCUUCCUCAUCUUCCUCAACAUAGCCAAUGAUGCUCCUGUGGCCCCAGAGGAAGGCACACAAAUGCAAGCUUUUAUCCAUCCCAGUGUGACUGUGGCGCUGAUAUGCAGUUUCCUGCUGGGUCUGGGUGAUAGUUGUUUAAACACUCAGCUCAUCAGCAUCGUGGGCUUCUUGUUCCGGGAUGACAGUGCUUCAGCAUUCGCUGUCUUUAAAUUUGUUCAGUCCAUCACAGCUGCGAUAGCCUUCUUCUACAGCAACUAUCUUCUCUUGCACUGGCAGUUGCUUAUUAUGGUGCUGACGGGCUUUCUGGGCACCAUUACUUUCUUUGUGGUGGAGUGGGGCGUUAUCGACAGUCGACGGGGCUCAGAUUAUGACAGUAUCUGAUCAGAAGAGUUAGACGGACUGAAGUGCCAGAACUAUGUCUCAUCUCCAGCCAUCAGCCUCAGUGAGCAGAUCUACAAGCCAUCUUUUCAAUGGCCAUUUUCCUCUAUGGUGUAGCUCUUUGGUCUAGGCCACGUAUUCUCCUUUUCCAGCGAAUCGGCUGUGUAGCCUCUUUUCUUUACUUGCACUUAAAAUAUGUUUACUCCUCAUGGGAUCUAGGAUAAAGUGCUGUAAUGCAAUAAAAGUUUUGUUCAGAUUUUGAAGUUUUCACAAGGCAUCAUACUGUGCAGUGCUAGAACCCUGGAACUGUGGUCUAAUUAUCUUUUCUAUACAUAAUUCAUCCAAAAAUUAAACAUCUGUCAUGAUUUACUCAGGUUCAUAGGGAGUUGUUUUGUGGAACAAGAGGAGAGUUUUCUGAGGAAUCUUCAUGCAUCUUCAAUCUUCAUAGUGACCACAGAUGUCAAGAACUGAAACAAACAUCAACAUGCAGUGGUCCAUACUGCUCGUGUGCUAUAUUAAAAGUUUUCUGAAGCCCUACAGUUGCUUUGUCUCAGGAACAUAUUGAAAUAUAAGCUGAUAAACCUUCCACUCGUCAAAGCACUAAAAUCAAAUCCACAUUUAAACAUGCUUGAACACUUUGCAUGAGGUUCAUCCGAACUCUAUUGGUCUUUGUAUGUGUCGUAAAUGAACAUAACUUACCCGAUUGAAAAUGGGGAAUGAGCUUUGCGAGCUGGGGACUUAACUGACCUAAAUUUCAGUCUGAUCCUCAAAGAAAACUAUUAUAUGACAUCAGAUGUAGUGCAUUAGACAUUUAUUGUCCAUUUUGGAGCUUGUCAGAUGUGGUCUCUUUGAAUUUUGUGUUACGAGUCCUCUGAAAUUCAGCUGGUGUUCCAUGAAAAACAAAAAUGAGGUUAUGUAAAUGAAGACAGAGUUGUUUUUAGGUAACCUACUCCUUUAAGUAGUUAUGGUACUACUUGAACUCAGUUAUUGUAAAGAAGUCUUAGUGCAAAUGCAAUAAAUCACUUAAAUGUACACUACGCUGUGAGACUAGAGAUGAGAAAUAUGAUUAAAGACUAUUUGAUCUGUUCAGAACUACAAAAUCAGUAGCAGCGUGAAACACUCAAUGCACAGUCAGUAGUUAAAUUAGAUUGUCUUGUUUAUUUUAAUUGUUUUUCCAGUUGCCUUUAUUUUCUUUCUUUUUUUAAGAAAACGAUUUUGCCAAAGAUUGAAUCACUCUUUGCAGAAAUUUGCUUUAUUGUUUUUUUUAGGUUUGGCCUUAUUUGUGUGCAAAUAUGUCAAUGAAAGCGAUUGCUGAUGUAAUCAAUCGAAAACAGAGAAAGAAUGAUUUGGGAAUUAUUAUUUUUUUAAUUGCAGUUAUACUAAUAUCAACCUGGGCUUACGUUAACAUGCCAUUGUAAAUAAUAAUGCAUUGAGAAAGGGUUCAGAAAGACUCUUUCUUAAUACAUUCACAAUACGUAUGUUACGAUCUUCAUUCGUAGGAGCUACAUUUACUUUAUUACGGUGUAAACGGUUCGGCUUUAUUUGGUUCAGAGCAGUCUAUAGGAUGAUGAGGGAAAAUGUGACAAUCUGGUCUUAUACUUGAAUGUAUCGUACUGUAAAAUUUGUCUAUUUUCUUUUAUAAAUAUGUGUAUAUAUGGGAUUAAAGUCCUUUUUGAGCCUUUGA